CACCAUUCUUCUUAUAAAAAUGGGACACAUAUAUAAUCGUCCAAUUCAUCCUUCGUCCGCCCCGCCUCUCCCUCAUGGCCAUGACCAAGGAAGUCAAUCUUACCCCCUUCAGUAGCCCCAGCCCCCUCCUCGGCCACCAGUACUGCCACCACCCCCUGGCCACAGCCGCCGCCGUCGAUCCAUGCCACUUCGUCCUCUCCUUCACCGAUCUGUCCUACAGCGUCAAGGAGCCUCGCAGCUUCCCGUUCUUCCGAAAGAAGAACAACGAAACACGGCCGGAGGCGCUCCGUGGAACCAGGAAGCUUUUGGACUCCAUCUCCGGCGAGGUGAGGACGGGCGAGAUCUUGGCGGUGCUCGGCGCUAGCGGUUCCGGGAAGACCACCCUCAUCGACGCACUGGCGAACCGCAUCGAGAGGGCUAGCCUCCGAGGAUGCAUUACGCUCAACGGCGACAGACUCGAGGGCCGCCUCCUCAAGGCGAUAUCGGCAUACGUGAUGCAAGACGACCUCAUGUUCCCAAUGCUCACCGUCGAGGAGACCUUGAUGUUCGCGGCCAAGUUCCGGAUACCUCGCUCGGUUUCGGCAUCCAAGAUGAAGGAGCGCGUGCAAGCGCUCGUUGAUCAGCUCGAUCUCCGGUCGGCCGCGAAGACCAUCAUCGGCGACGAAGGUCACCGCGGCGUGUCCGGGGGUGAGCGCCGCCGGGUGUCCAUCGGGACCGACAUCGUUCACGACCCCAUCAUCCUCUUCCUGGACGAGCCCACGUCGGGGCUUGACUCCACGAGCGCUUUCAUGGUGGUUCAGGUCUUGCAGAGGAUCGCUCGCAGCGGGAGCAUGGUGAUCAUGUCAGUGCACCAGCCGAGCUACCGAAUCCUUGGCCUCCUAGACCGCCUCAUCUUCCUCUCGCGCGGCCAGACGGUGUACAGCGGGCCCCCGCAAGGCCUCCCGGAAUUCUUCGCCGUCUUCGGCAACCCAAUACCCGACGGCGGGAACCCAGCCGAGUUUGCACUGGAUCUCGUCCGCGAGCUGGAGGACACAGCUCCUGACGGCGCCAAGGACCUCGUCACGUUAAACGCCUUGAAUCAUCAGGCACGAGCACGGACGUCCGCCACCGCCGCCACAGGAUCGUGCCUCCCACUGCAGGAGGCUGUGAGAAACAGCAUCGCGACUGGCAAGCUCGUAUCCGGCGCGAUGAUUGACGGCGCUGCACUGGCUUCAUACGCGAACCCGUUCUGGGUCGAGGUUUCGGCUCUAACCAAGAGGGCGAUUAUAAACAUGUGGCGGAUGCCGGAGAUCUUAGCCUUCCGCCUCGGCGACAUGCUCGUGACAGGCUUCCUGCUCGCGACCAUCUUCUGGCGUCUCCGCGACACGCCCAAGGAUGUUCGAGAGCGGAUCGGCUUCUUCGCCAUCACCAUGACGACCAUAUUCUUCACAAGCGGCGACACUCUCGCCGUCUUCAUUCAAGAACGAUACAUUUACAUGCGGGAGACGGCCUACAACACGUACCGCCGCUCGUCUUAUGUCGUCGCCAACGCUGUCACCACUUUUCUGCCCCUGGUCUUCCUCACUAUUCCCUUGGCGUUCAUCACAUUCUUCGGGGUAGGCCUCUCCGGAGGCAUGGACGGACUCGGCUUCUUCUUCUUGACUAUCUUGGCGACAUUCUGGGCGGGCAGUGGGUUCGUGACCUUCCUCUCAGGCAUCUUAUCGCACGUCGUGUUAGGUUACACCGUGGCAGCCGCUGUGAUCUCCUACUUCCUGCUGCUCAGUGGCUUCUUCAUCAACAGGAAUCGGAUACCGGACUACUGGAUCUGGCUCCACUACAUGUCGCUGGUGAAGUAUCCUUACGAGGCAGUAAUGCAGAACGAGUUCAGUAAGGAUUUGUCCAAGUGCUUCGCUAGAGGAGUAGAGAUGUUCGACGGCUCGGCGCUGGGGAGCUUGCCGACGGCAAAGAAGGUGGAAGUCCUUACAGUGAUCGGCCAAACCUUGGGGAUGAACAUCACUAACGAUACUUGCAUAAUCACCGGGUCAGAUGUACUGCAGGAACAGAGCAUUAAUCAGCUCAACAAAUGGAGCUGUCUCUUGGUGAUCGUGGCUUGGGGGUUCUUCUUUAGAUUACUAUUCUACAUUAGUCUGCUGCUGGGGAGUAGGAACAAGAGGAAGUAGUUGACUGUUAAGGAAAUAAUGAGAAGUAAAAGGUAGAAUAUGCGAGGAAUGGAGAAGAAGUGGAGGAAGAAAUUUGACUGCAAAUACAAGUAACCCACGAAAAGGGUCCCAGAAAAUAUAAGUAACCCUGGUUAGCUGGUUAGCACAAAAUGAUGCAAUACAAUGUGAGCGAGCAUACAUGACCGAGGGUUUUGGAUCAUUUAUUAGGGUUUUCAUUUCUGGGAUCUGAGUAAUUCUUUUGUAUGUUUUUCUUUUAAAUUAGAAAUAAAUAUUUUUUUUAUA